UGCAGUACAAGACUGUCCAAUGGGACCAAAGCCUUCUACAACCAGCUGGCAAGAUGGCUGCAGGGCCGCUGUUCAACAUCCACAGUCCUGACGGUGCUGUCAGUCAGCUCCGCCUGCCACACUGUGAAACCAGGGAUGCUCCUCUCCCUGAUGGUUUGCUGUCUGUCGUCCACAUCACUGAUGAUGGAAUGAACAUCCUGGAGCCGCUGGAGAUUACAGACACUCAUGUGGUUGUGAACGUCCCUCACUUCUCUCUCCUGGGCCUCGUCUGGGACGUUGUCAUGAGGUUCCUGAACAUGACAAUUAGGGGCCAAGUUCUGCUGUUCCUCCGACCUCCGGAUGGUGAUGAUGAUCAAAUACUUGAUGUAUUUCUGCUGCAGGGCAACAUUCCUCUGAGCGAGGUUGCUGCCCAACGAGGAGCAGCUGAGAACAUUGAUAUCUCUUCUGACUGUGAUCUCAGCAUUGGUCAAAGCUACAGUGUUCACUGUGAACCUGAAGCCUCCAUAAUCCAGCCUGAGCGUGUACAGUUUCGCACAAAGCUUGGACCAAACUUCUUCCCAACAUUUGAGGUUUUCCUCACUACAAACCCAGAGAGAAAGACUUUUAUGGUCCAAGACCAAGAGGGGACACAAGUUCAAGAAGUGAAAAUCUGCAGAGGAAUCUCCAAGCAAGAGACGUCGCCACAGUGGGGGAAAGCAGCACAGCAGAGGAAUCUCUCAGCAGGGGGCACCAACCCAGCAGAGGAAUCUCCCAGCAGGGGGCACCAACCCAGCACAGGAAUCUCUCAGCAGGGGAAUCACCCAGCUGAGGACGUCAUUCCAGCAGAGGAGAGGCUGCGCUCCAUACGGACACAGUUUGUUACCAGAGUGCCUGAACCUAAUCUAGACAAGCUUCUGAAUAAACUUCUUGAGUUUGGUGUUAUAAAUGAUGAUGAAAUGCAGUUAGCCAGCACAAAAACAGGAGCAAACAAAGCUCGAGAAGUGAUCGACAUGGUGCGAAAAAGGGAACUGAAGCCAGCUCACGCUUUAUCAUUGCCUUCCGUGAGGAAGCUGCCGUUGAACCUGGAGCUCACUCUGAAGUCUCCCAUUGACUCAGUAACGCUGAAGUGA